AUGAUGUUUCCGAACGCAAAUGAUGACGUUGCCCAGCUAUGAAACUUCCGUUUCCUUUUCUGUUGUGCUGUGGCUGUCGUACGUUGCUGAGUCCUUAAACUAAGGUAUCCCUACACAGUUCAAGAUGGGUAGGGAGGACAAAGCAACAUGGAAGUCGAAUUACUUCACUAAACUUGUUCAACUGUUAGAUGAUUAUCCGAAGUGCUUCAUUGUGGGUGCGGAUAAUGUUGGCUCAAAGCAGAUGCAACAAAUUCGUAUGUCACUGCGUGGAAACGCAGUUGUACUGAUGGGUAAAAAUACCAUGAUGAGAAAAGCGAUUCGUGGUCAUAUAGAACGUAACGCAGCAUUGGAGAAAUUACUGCCUCACAUUCGUGGUAAUGUUGGGUUUGUCUUCACCCGAGGUGAUUUGAUUGAAGUAAGGGACAAAUUGCUGGAAAAUAAAGUACGUGCUCCAGCCAGAGCAGGAGCCAUUGCACCUUUAAGCGUCAUCAUCCCUGCGCAAAAUACAGGGCUUGGUCCCGAAAAGACUUCUUUUUUCCAAGCUUUGAGUAUACCGACUAAGAUCUCUAAGGGUACUAUUGAAAUUAUAAAUGACGUUCACAUCCUCAAACCUGGUGACAAGGUGGGAGCUUCCGAAGCCACGCUUUUGAACAUGUUGAACAUUUCUCCGUUUUCCUAUGGAUUAUUGGUCGAACAGGUGUAUGAUUCCGGUACUAUUUUUGCGCCUGAAAUUUUGGACAUCAAACCUGAAGAUCUACGUGAAAAAUUCAUGGCUGGAGUCGCAAAUUUAGCUUCAGUUUGCUUGGCAAUUGGUUAUCCUACUGUCGCUAGCGCGCCACAUAGUAUUGCAAACGGCUUCAAAAACUUGCUGGCUGUCGCUGCUGUCACUGACGUUGAAUUCGCAGAAGCUGCCACUAUUAAGGAAUAUAUCAAGGAUCCAAGCAAGUUUGCUGCUGCUGCUGCUGUAGCAACUCCAGCAGCCACAGCUGCCGAGACUCCUGCUGCAGAGAAGAAGGAAGAGAAGAAGGAAGAAUCAGAGUCAGAAGACGAUGACAUGGGUUUCGGAUUGUUCGACUAAGGCACACGUAUUCACAUUACGUGUACAUAAACAUGUGUCUGAAACUGUCAAAUAUUUGAAUCCAAUUUUGGAUCAUUUUAUAAAUGCUUGUUUUCUGACAUCAAAAUAAAAUGAAAUUGAAACGA